AUUUUGUUUAAUUGAAGUACUUCUAUCAAAUUUAAAAUAAAAAUGAAAUUUUAUGCAAUACAAUAGAUAUAAUUAUACUGGCAUUAAAACUACGUUUUAUUGUAAUUAGUGGCAAAUCAGGGGUUAUCCAUAAAAAAUCUGUGUUAAAAGAUGACAUUACCAGCUGCACUUCAAGCUCGUUUAAAAAAAAGAGGGCUAAUUGUACCAGAGCCAGAGAAACCAAAAGAGCCAAUAGAGCAACCAAAACCUUCAAAGAGUUUCAAAUCACAACCAUUACCCCCUGGUUGGUUCAAAGUAGAAGACCCUGUAAGGUCUCAUGAUUAUUUUUGGAAUGUGCAUACAAAUCAAGUAUCAUGGAGACAUCCAAAUGACCCUCGUGCUGAAAUCACUUAUCCAGCAGCAUGGCAACAAAAAACAGAUAUGGGAAAAACUGAUAGUAGACGAACAAAUGAAAUUAAAGAAGAUAGAAAUAAGCUAAAAGUAAAUACUGGAAAGCAUCCAAGUUUAUUAAAGGCUAAUAGACAAAAAGAGCGUGGUUUUCGAAAAGGAAAGAGCAAAGAUGAUGAUGCUCUUGAUCCUAUGGAUCCAGCUUCGUACUCAGAUGUUGGAAGAGGAACUUGGUCAACCGGAUUGAAAGAAGAUACUGACGUCAAGACAGGAGUUGACACAACAGCUAACGGUCCAUUAUUUCAACAACGACCCUACCCAAGUCCUGGUGACAUUUUACGAAGAAAUAGAAAACAGGUGGAUCCAUCAGAUGCGUAGACGUUAGAAAAGAAAAACAGAAAAUUCAUUUACCCAUAAAUAUCUUUACAAAGUAUUUAUUUUAUUUAAAAAAAUACUUUAAAUAGGUAAAAUAAUGGAUAAUCCUUAAUUGGUUACAUUAUUUCUUCAUAUUGUAUUUAUUUCAUAACUAUAAAGGUACGACCUAAAUAUGAAACGUCUAUAUCUGCUUA